GACAUACUGACAGACACUGCAUGGAGAAACCGAGAACGGUCACUCCCCUUAUUUGUCAGUUCUGCUCCAGGUCUCAACCCAUUUUACAAACAGCAGAGCUUCCAUUUAUUUGUGUAACGCUUGUUAUGUAGAUAUUACUGUCUUCUCUUCAUAUGUGAGAAACAAAUGACCUGUUCUUCUCAGUUUGAAGCAGGGCUUGACUGAUGAAGAUGGUGCAGAAUAUGGAGAUCAACGUGUCCUUUCUGACUGAGUCGGAACAAGAGUUCAUACUAGAAGUCCUCCGGCGAGACGAGGAUCUGAGGAAUUCGGAAGACCUGCGUGUGAAGAAGCUGAAAGCCGAGUUUCUGGACAUCAGAAGAAAGGGUGCGAAACGUGGCAGUGGGAAAUACAGUGAGCGCAGCUGUGGUCGCUGCCAGGAGGCCUUGAGCCUUCUGAGUGGCAGUGGCAGCCAGUGCAGGGCAUGCAAACAUCAAGUUUGCAAAAAAUGCCAAUCUGUUCGACCCAAUGGAUCAUGGGUGUGCACAGUGUGUGCCAAAGAGAUAGACCUGAAGAUGAGCACUGGAGACUGGUUCUUUGACGAGAGGGUUAACCGCUUCUCUUCAGCACCUGGACAUGACUUAGUGCGGGUGUCCCUCAGGAAGAGGCCUCUGAGUAAAAAGCAUGAGACAGCUGGGGAAAUACUAUUAAACAAAGUUGAGCUGAAUUCCAGCCAAGCUGCGCCUGUGGCCAAACCAAGACUAAAGGACAUUGCACUUGCCAAUAAGAGUUCACUUGAGGGUAAUGAGGAACAACAAAGCGACGCAGAAUCAAUAGAAAAAGCCAGUCUGGACAGCGGUCAUGCUGAAACUAAAUUCUCUCACAGUACCCCCCAAAUGCAAAGAAAAGAGGAACUGACAGCCAAUAGUCCGGAAGUCUCUGCUGUGUCCAUCCUGAUGAGCACUGUUAACAGUGACAGCACUGCUACCAUAGAGACAGCCUCAUUAAUUCAUCACAUGAAUGCCUGCUCGGACUCCUUGCGUGAUGUUGAUGGGCUUUUCAAGAAAAGUGUGAGAAGAGUGCACAAACUAUCAGAGAUUAAACCAGCCUCCACUCUUGAUUUGCGUGAAGACGCAUCAGAAAAUACUACACCCGCUAUGGGAGAUAGAAGCAAGUCUGUUCCUGGCCUUAAUGCUGAUGAUGAUGAGGAGGAGGAAGAUAUUGAUAACUUGGUCAAUAUUCACAGGCAGAAAUUUGGCAGUAGCAUGGGAAGUCUGGGAGGCUCAAGGACGACUCUUGGCAGUAUGAUGAGUGUGUACAGUGAAGCGGGAGACUAUGACCAUGUGGAAGUGAGUGGAGAAAUCGUCUUCUCUCUCAGUUAUGAUGAACCCAGCCAAGGCCUGUCUGUCAUGGUCCAUGAGUGUAAAGGGCUGGCUUACGCUGAUCCAGCAAAAAAGAAGUGCAACCCAUACGUGAAGGCUUAUCUCCUUCCAGACAAGAGCAAGAAGAAAACCUCAAUCAAACAUAACAACAUCAAUCCCAGUUUUAAGGAAACACUGAAGUAUUCCAUCAGCCGCACCCAGCUGACGACUCGCACGCUUCAACUCUCAGUUUGGCACUACGACCGCUUUGGCCACAAUGCAUUUCUGGGUGAGGUUGAGGUACUAAUGGAUAGCUAUGAUAUUGACUCUGCACAUGAAGAGUGCAUGGCCCUUAGAGGAAAGGCAGUUCCCCAGUCACUAUUAUUUCCAUUUGAUCAAUACAAAGGAGAGCUGGUCAUUUCAUUGAAGUACGUUACACCAAAUGCCCCAAAUGCAGAGGACUCUAAAGGGAAAGGGAAAAAGAGCAAACCUGCUGAUGGUUCUGAGUUACACGUGUUGAUCAAAGAAGCCAAAAAUCUGACAGCCAUGAAAGCUGGAGGCACAUGUGAUUCCUUUGUGAAAGGGUAUCUGCUGCCAUCAAAGAGCAAGUCUUCCUCCAAGAAGAAAACUCCAGUGGUAAAAAAGACAAAGAGCCCAAAUUACAACCACACAUUUGUGUACAACAACCUGAGUCUGGAGCAGCUGAAGGACAUGUGUCUGGAGCUCACUGUCUGGGACAGAGAGACGCUGUCCAGCAAUGAUUUCCUGGGAGGAGUUCGUCUCAGCUUGGGAGCAGUGACGGUGAAGGAGGGAAAGGAGGAGUGGAUGGCCGACUCUACAGGUGAGGAGAUUUUGCUGUGGAAGAAGAUGAUGCAGUACCCAGACUCUUGGGCAGAGGGCACUCUUCCCCUGCGCUCGUCCAUGGGAAAGGGCAAGUAAGGACAUUGCGCAACACCUCCCAAAUCAUGAUCAGGACAGGGGGUUACACAUUCCACGACGUUUAUGUGUAGCUCAGUUGCAGCUGUGCAAUACAAGAUCAUUAAUGCAUCACAGUAUAAAAAAAGAAUUCAAGACUUUUUAGAGAUUUUAUAUUUGAAGCAUUUCAGGUGGUUUCAAAAUAAUGAAAUGAAAAAGUGUGUAUAUCUGAAUUUUAUUUAUUUCCUAUAAAUGUUGUAUCAGAAUUUAGGUUUUCAGGUACAUCAUCAUUCUAAUGAUGUUCUUAAAAAUAUUUUAGUUCAGUUUAAAUGUGAUGUGUAGCUCAGAAUGUUUGACAUAUUUAACCACAAUGUGUUUUGAUGUUUAAAUGCUGAUGUACUCCAUUGUAAGCACCUUGUUUUGAGGAGCUAACUGAAAAUACCAUCUUUUAAUAAAUAUUAAAUAUUUUUAAGAAUUCACACAAUGUGCUGUGCACUUGAAUAUAGAUGGUUAGAAAUAGGGCUGGGCCGAUAAAACAGUAUCGAUAUUUAUUGACCGAACACCAUUGUCAAUAACGAUUA